GAAACAUUCCAUUUCCUUUGCAAAAACCUAUAUAAAAAAAUGUUACCACCUUAUUUCUCAAACUGUGAUAUCAGAGCAUUCAUUUCUCAGAUCGCUGGGCUUUUCGUUCAGUAUAAGUGGCAUUGCAUGCAAAGUCAUUUCAGCAUUGCAUGUGUAGUUAUUUUGCUGCUACACACCCUGGUGCCUUCAUGCGCCGGUGUAGUUUACAGAUUCCCCGUUAGAAGAUUUCACAGCCAAGUUGUCAUGGCCAAAGAUGAUAGUAAUGCUGCAUUAAAGAGUCAGUUGCGUAUAGUUCAGCGUGACCUCUCAUCUGGAGAUCUUAAUGACAUGAAAAACAAUCUCAAUGGAUUCUCUGGUGAUGGAUACUAUAUAGAUUUAAACAUUGGCACCCCAAAUCAAACUGUAAGUAUUUUGUGCUGUUUAAAUAUGAGUGUGAGCAUUUUAGUAUUGUAAACUGUUGAGAGAAUAUGUGCACUGUAAGAGAUAAUGAACCUAAGUCUUGUAACUGUUGAGAGAAUGUGUGCAAGUAUAUACUGGUAGUGAUUUUAGAUUGAACCUGAGCAUUUCAAGAAGUCUUAUACUUGUUGCUUAGAUGCAACUUCAAUCUUCUUUUACUGUAAAUUUUUCGAACUAUACAAUUUUGAUCUGAGUAAUCAGUUAAAGCCAAUGUGCAUUAUGCAAUAUAAAUCAUCAUUUCAAAUUUCAGAAACAAAUGAUGUUGUUUGUUUUUUUGUGUGCGAAAGGUAUUGUUUAACAGGAGAACUUGUUUUAAAAUAAGCGCAACCUAACAUUAAUAUCUUCCUUUUCAACCAGAUGCAAGUUUUAAUUGACACUGGAAGCGCUAACUUUGCCAUAGCAGCUUCAUUUGAUCCAAAAGUCCGGAAGUUUUUUCACAGAGAAAAGUAAUUCUAUUGUUUGUUGGACUUUACAUGGGGUUGUCUUUCAAGGCCUAGUCUAAUUAAUAAUUCUGUGUUUGCUGCUCCAACAGUUGCUACCUUCAGCUCACUGUUGGAUUGAAGAAAUUAAUUUUUUGGUCUUUAGUAAAUAUAUUUGGGGACCCAUCACUUACAGUGAGUGAAAUAAGAGAGAGCUGCAUUUGUGUAAAUACUUUAAAAAAAUUAUAUUUUCAAGGUGUGUUAGAAAGGGUAAUUACAAAUUAAACAAAAAAAAUUGAAUAUGUAAUUUAGAAUCCAUCUAUAUCUUAACCCACAAACUGUCGACGGCUGAUCAAAUCGGACGAUUUUUCUCUUCCUGUACUGUAUCAGACGAUAAAAAUUGUGUUGAUAGAAAAAUUUCCAGUCCAAUAUUUUGUCCACAAAAUGAGACUACUUCCUUUUAUUAAUAAAUGAACUUCACUGACUUCAGUUUUUCGCUCUUCUGUGUACUUUUUUAAAACUUUGAAGUUAUAUUCACAUCGAUCUUUAUCAAACAAAUUUGUGUAAGUAGAUUUUCGCGAAAUGGAUGAGGCCAUAGCUGGACCAUCUGGCUUACAAUAUAAAUCAGUUAGGAAACUUUCUGAUAAAUUUUUAGUGAAUGACUUAAGUGAUUCGGAAGAUGAUUUUCCUAUCACACACAAAGACAAUGAUAAUUUUGAUUAUUUUUUUAGUGGGUCAGAAAUCGAAAGUUCAGAGUCAGAUGAUUUAAACCUAGGCCUAGAAUGAGUAGACAUUUCCCCAACAACAGGAUUCGUCCAAAACUAUGUUGCAGAUGAUUGUGUUCCAACAAAAAAUAAUUGGAUGUUGUUCUAUAUAUGCUUUCUUAUACCGGUAUUUUAUGGAUUAAAUAUUUAUAUAGCAGCUUUUUAAAUUUUAUCAGUUUCUUGCCAUUUAGUAAUGUUUAUAUUGUUAAUAUCAUGCUUUGUUACUUGAACAUGCUCAUAGGUAUCAGAAUUUUUUAAAAAAUCUAUUAAUAACUAAAACAAAUACAAAAAAUACAUUUUCUGAAAGAGGAAUAAAAAUGCUAUCACAGUGGUUCUUAACCUGGGUUCGAUCGAACCAACCCCAGGGGUUCGGUGAGUCAGUCUCAGGGGUUCGGUGAGUCAGUCUCAGGGGUUUGGCGGAGGUGCAAAAAAAAUCAGAAAAAAAAAAUCAUUUUAUUUUUCCUAUUAAGAAGCGUUUGGUGAAUGCGCAUAUAAAACUGGUGGGGUUCGGUACCUCCAAAAAGGUUAAGAACCUCUGUGCUAUCAUAUUAUAUAAACAUAAUAAUAAUAUGCCUUUAAAAAAUUGUAGUUUGAAAAAAAAAAAUUGCAUUAUUUUCUUUAUUCUUGGCCACUCCAAGGUCAAGGUCACAGAGUAUAUUAAUAUCAUUAAAAAAUACCCCAUAUGAUUCCCCACUCAGUCUAAAUUCAAUAAACAAAUACUUUAUGGGGUACAGCGAUAGUAUUUGCAUGUAAAAAAAUCACAUUUUUCAAAGGCACCCAAAAAGCUCUAAUUGCCUGCUCAGUGCAGAAUAAUAACAUGGACAGUUUGUGGGUUAAUAUUGCAAAACGAAUUUACUAAUCACUUAAAAAUUAUAAUAUUCAUACUAUCCACAAACAUUGGAGUAUAAUGGUGGUAGGUUCCUUCAUGUCAAGAUAAGUAUAUAGACACAUAGAGUUCAUAUGCAAAUAAAGAAGAGUUCUUAAGUCCAUGAUGAUGUAUUUGACAGCUCUAGCACCUAUGUCCAAAUUGGUACAGAGGUUCACGUGGCUUAUACAGAGGGGCAAUGGACUGGUGUGCUUGGCACUGACAUAGUGUCUGUGUCCUCAUCACCAAAUAUCUCUGCCAGGGCCCACAUCGCCUGCAUCACCCAGACUAAGGACUUCUUCAUCCCUGAGGCAGAAUGGCAGGGGAUUUUAGGAUUGGGCUAUUCACAGUUGUCAAUGGUUGGUGAUAUUCGUACUCUGUGUGAAUGGCAUGUGUGUUCACUGUUGGUUAGGUCAUGCUUCGCUCUUAGUAACAGAGUAUAUACUUUAUGCGCAAAAAGUAACAGUAUUGAAACUCCAGCAUCUUGAAUGCAUAUGUGUUUGUCAACCGUGCAUAGGUCCAGCUGCUACGUGUUACCAGUAUUGAAACAGGAGACAUGUUAGGCAGUUGUAUAUUGCAAUGAUUAUCUUGGGGAAAAAGUAUUUGUAGUUGAGCAUUAUUUUUGCUCAUACAACCAGUUUGAAAACAGGGGGGGGGGCACAACAAUUUCGAGAGAGGUUUUAAAAAAGACAGCACAAGAUAUAACUACGUAUAAUAGGACUUAGGUUUUUAAUUAUCAUUGGUAGUAUUAUAAUUUUCUUAGUUGUUUGAGAUGGAUCUUGUUUUCUUUUAUUUAUGCUUUCCUGUGUCACAUAGCGUUAGGUUAGGCUCUGUGCCUGCAAUUCAGUGCCCCUAUAGCUUUGGGCUCUGAGCCUGCAGUCCAGUGUCCACAUAGCUUUGGGCUCUAUGCCUGCAGUCCAGUGUCCACAUAGCUUUAGGCUUUGUGCCUGCAGUCCAGCGUCCACAUAGCUAUAGUUUUCUUUGAAUUUUUUAAAAGUAAAGCUAUUUUUCCCACUAACAGGUCAUAGGGUAAAAUAAUAUGUAUCAUUCUCAGUUGUAGGUAGAAGUUUAUGUUUUGUAUAAUAAUUUUUCUGCGCUAUUUAUGAUGAAGAGUGUCUUUAUAAAAGUAUACCAUAUUUAUUUUUUUAGGUUACUGUUAAUUAUUUUCUUAAAUUUAGAUCAAUUUAUUUUGACAACAGUGUAAGCAUUGAUUAGAUUGUAUUUUUGUAUGACUCACUUUUUUUAUGAGUUUCUUUACACUGAUAUAACCAUGCCACUGACGUGAGCAUGUCACAGAUAUGAUUGUGUCACUGAUAUGAGCAUGUCACUGAUAUGAGCAUGUCACAGAUAUGAUUGUGUCACUGAUAUGAGCAUGUCACUUAUAUAAGCAUGUCACACAUAAUCAUUGAGAUAAAAUUCAAGGGUAUAACUUGAUUAUUUAAAAUUAUUUUAGCUUACUUUUGUAAGAUUAAUAUUGAACUAUUUAAUUAAUGUAAUAAAAAAUUUCAAAGUUUAUUUCUGUGAAAUUAAUUAUUUUUAAAUUAAUAACUUAGACAAUUUUUAUAUUGACAUAUAAUAUAUGUGAACAUUGACAAUGUUUUGGGCUUAAGUUAACGUAUUGUUUGAAAUGUAAUCAUUUUGAUGUUUUAACAUGUGCCCAAUGAUAUCGUUUCAGCCGGACAGAUCUAUACUGCCAUUUUGGGACUCAGUGGUCCAAGAAAGAAAAGUUUUAGAUGACAUAUUCUCUAUGCACUUAUGUGGCUCAUCAUUCAGCCACACAGAUGAGGAGGCUCUCAUGGAAGGCUCAUUGGUAAGUCAAACACGACGUUUUGGGAGGGGGGAGGGGUGGGGGUGUCGUCCCUUGAGGUCUACCCUAAUACCUACAAGUUAAUGUUGUCAUUUUAUCUUCUGGAUCAUCCUCGGAGCAUCUGACGCAGGUUGGGAACCACUGAUCUAUGUAAGAGGUUUUGUUUGUUUUAUUUUAACAGUGAUCCCAGUCUUGAAAUGAAUCCUUGAAAAAUGUAUGCUUGUCAGGUAACUUUUAUAUAGAGGUCUCUAUCAAAAUGCAUCAUUCUCUAGAAACAAUGUCACUGCCCCUACCAGAUGGAAAUGGUUUUUCUAAAUAAAUUCCGGAUAGCUAAAUGAGAUCCUUAAAUAUAACACAAGUGCAUUUGGUGCAUAAUAUUUUCUUUUGUUUUACGGAAAUAGUUGUUGUAAUAAAUCUGUUGUGUAAAAGGCGGUUUGGACAUUAGAGUAUCAAGAUCGUUCAGUGGCGGUGACAUACAGGGGAGUGGACAUACAGGGGAGGGGACAUACAGGGGAGGGGGAGGGUUGUACUAAUUAAAUAAAUUUCAUUCACUUCAAUGCAUGUUUUGUUUAAGUAAAUUGAGUAGAUGGGAAGUUUGAGCAUUGCGGCUGCAAUUGUUUGGCGUGCUAUAGUUGGUUUAUAAUAUUAUUAUUGAUAAUGUCCCCAUUUGCGCAAGGAAUUAUAUAUGGAAUUAACAGUCUGUGAAGUUAAUUAGAUAAUAAAGUUGCAUUAAUUAAGAAAAAGGACUUGAGUUGAUUCAAUGCUAGUUUGACAUAUUUACAACAUGUAAAAGAAUUUGAUGAAUUAACCAAUCUAGUAUAAACAGAAUUUUGACACCAUCGACAUAAUCCUUUGGUUUUCCAAAUUUAACAGUAGACACUAAUGUUGAUGUUACAUUUUAAAACAUUUGGUCAGAUCAUGUGACAGAAAUUAAUGUACUUCCCACUAAUGCAUUAUUAAAUGAAUAUUUUUAACAGGGCCUGAGGAUUCCCUAGUUCUUAAAUAAAAUUGUUGAAAAAUUAUUUUUUUUUUAAAUGUACGUAUUCAUUUAUAAGGUAGAAGUUUAUCUAAGAGAGUUAUUGCAUACGACUUAACAGAAAUACAAUCUCAGCUUAAAAGUGAAUGAUGCUUUUUUUUUUGUUUUUUGUUCCAGAUUUUCGGUGGUGUAAUAGAAUCUCUGUCCAGAGGUCCAAUACUCUACACACCAAUUAUCAAGCAAUGGUAUUAUGAGGUGGUGCUGACUGACAUCAAGGUCUCUGGAAAAUCUCUCAAAAUGAAAUGCAAGGAAGUAUGUAGAAGAUGUUUGUGGUAGAGGAUUUUUAUUUUUAUCUUAGUUUUUUAAUCAAUUAAAUUGAAAAAAAAAUUUGUUUAGAAGAAAACAUCAUCUCAAAAAUCAUUCUCUCCAAAUAAAGAGACAUGCACUUAGUUCAAACUCUACUUUCUAAACCUAGCUUUGUUGAGGAUCUAAUGUUAAUUUUUUUUCUCCAUUUUCCAGUUCAAUUUUGAUAAGACUAUUGUUGAUUCUGGAACAACAAACAUAAGACUCCCAACAAAAGUGUUUCAAGCUGUUGUUGAUGCCAUAGGCCAACAUAUAGAGGUAAAUGAAUGUUGAUAGUUGCAGCAGCGUUCCUAAUAUAUUUAGCCAUCAAGUAGUGCAUGUGUCGGUGGAAGACAUAGUCACAUUAAUGUCCUCAUUUACUCAUUAAAUUGUUUUACAUCCCCCCCCCCCUUUCCCAAUUCAGGCAGACAAUCUGUAGCCCUAUGUCCUUAACAUUCCAGUACUGCAUGAACAGUUGAGUACUUUAACCCCACAUUCAAGCAGACAAUCUCUGGCCGUAUACCCUUCACAUUCCAGUACUGGAUGAACAGUUGAGUACUUUAACCCCACAUUCAAGCAGACAAUCUCUGGCCGUAUACCCUUCACAUUCCAGUACUGGAUGAACAGUUGAGUACUUUAACCCCACAUUCAAGCAGACAAUCUCUGGCCCUAUACCCUUAACAUUCCAGUACUGGAUGAACUGUUGAGUACUUUAACCCCACAUUGAAGCCGACAAUCUGUAGCCCUAUGUCCUUACCAUUCCAGUACUGGAUGAACAGUUGAGUACUUUAACCCCACAUUGAAGCCGACAAUCUGUAGCCCUAUGUCCUUACCAUUCCAGUACUGGAUGAACUGUUGAGUACUUUAACCUCACAUUGAAGCAGACAAUCUGUAGCCCUAUGUCCUUACCAUUCCAGUACUGGAUGAACUGUUGAGUACUUUAACCCCACAUUGAAGCCGACAAUCUGUAGCCCUAUGUCCUUACCAUUCCAGUACUGGAUGAACUGUUGAGUACUUAAACCCCACAUUGAAGCCGACAAUCUGUAGCCCUAUCUCCUUAACACUCCAGUACUGCAUGAACAGUUGAGUACUUUAACCCCACAUUCAAGCAGACAAUCUCUGGCCCUAUACCCUUCACAUUCCAGUACUGGAUGAUCAGUUGAGUACUUUAACCCCACAUUCAAGCAGACAAUCUCUGGCCCUAUACCCUUAACAUUCCAGUACUGGAUGAACUGUUGAGUACUUUAACCCCACAUUGAAGCCGACAAUCUGUAGCCCUAUGUCCUUACCAUUCCAGUACUGGAUGAACUGUUGAGUACUUUAACCCCACAUUGAAGCAGACAAUCUCUGGCCUUAUACCCUUAACAUUCCAGUACUGGAUGAACUGUUGAGUACUUUAACCCCACAUUGAAGCAGACAAUCUCUGGCCCUAUACCCUUCACAUUCCAGUACUGGAUGAAAAGUUGAGUACUUUAACCCCACAUUCAAGCAGACAAUCUCUGGCCGUAUACCCUUCACAUUCCAGUACAGGAUGAACAGUUGAGUACUUUAACCCCACAUUCAAGCAGACAAUCUCUGGCCCUAUACCCUUAACAUUCCAGUACUGGAUGAACUGUUGAGUACUUUAACCCCACAUUCAAGCAAACAAUCUCUGGCCCUAUACCCUUAACAUUCCAGUACUGGAUGAACAGUUGAGUACUUUAACCCCACAUUCAAGCAGACAAUCUCUGGCCCUACACCCUUCACAUUCCAGUACUGGAUGAACAGUUGAGUACUUUAACCCCACAUUGAAGCAGACAAUCUCUGGCCCUAUGUCCUUACCAUUCCAGUACUGGAUGAACUGUUGAGUACUUUAACCCCACAUUCAAGCAGACAAUCUCUGGCCCUAUACCCUUAACAUUCCAGUACUGGAUGAACUGUUGAGUACUUUAACUCCACAUUGAAGCUGACAAUCUGUAGCCCUAUGUCCUUACCAUUCCAGUACUGGAUGAACUGUUGAGUACUUUAACCCCACAUUCAAGCAGACAAUCUCUAUCCCUAUACCCUUAACAUUCCAGUACUGGAUGAACUGUUGAGUACUUUAACCCCACAUUGAAGCAGACAAUCUCUGGCCCUAUGUCCUUACCAUUCCAGUACUGGAUGAACUGUUGAGUACUUUAACCCCACAUUCAAGCAGACAAUCUCUGGCCCUAUACCCUUAACAUUCCAGUACUGGAUGAACUGUUGAGUACUUUAACCCCACAUUCAAGCAGACAAUCUGUAGCCCUAUACCCUUAACAUUCCAGUACUGGAUGAACUGUUGAGUACUUUAACCCCACAUUGAAGCCGACAAUCUGUAGCCCUAUGUCCUUAACAUUCCAGUACUGCAUGAACAGUUGAGUACUUUAACCCCACAUACAAGCAGACAAUCUCUAUCCCUAUGCCCUUAACAUUCCAGUACAUGAAUAUUUGAACCCUUAUUUGCUUAAUGGUAUAAUUCAUUAGUAUGUAUUUAAGCAUGUUUACACUGCAGUUUGUUUUUGGGAUUCUCAGCUUUCUGUGAUGUCGAGCUGAGAUUUUUGUGUUCCACAGCUCUAUAGUGUGAAACUAACUUUAUUCACAACAGCCAGUUUCUUUUGUCCACCUUCAAUGGGCACAAACAAGGCUGCCAAAGUUCUUUCAAAAUAGUUCCAUCAAAGAACAGACCAACACAAAUUCUAAUUAUUGUCUUUCUCCUUUUUAUCUUGAGUUCCAGAUUUUAAUAAGCAUUAAAUAAGUAUUAAAUAUUAAUACGUAAAGCAAUGGUAAUUUUUACAAUUCAAAUUCUUGUUUCAGACAAAUGGACUUGAUAACUUUGUGGGAGCAUCUUUCUACAAUGGCAUUGAUGUUUUGUGCCUCCAAAACGUCGCAGACUUCUUCAGCUCUUUUCCCAUUGUAUCUUUUUCACUUUAUGCAUCGGAGAACUCUUCCUUUCAACUGGAUCUGUCGCCUCAGGUAUAACCACACACUAACGACAGCAGCUGGUUAGAAUAAAUUCUCAUGACGUGUAGCUUCCCUGUUAGCCAUAGAGUCCAGGCUUUGAGUUUUAGUUAAUUUGUAAGAUAAACAAAGAGUUAGUUAAGUUGUAAGCCAUGAGACAUUAUACAAAAUGAGUUUGUCGUCUUGUCAAGUUGGACAGUCAAGUUGGUAUUUUUAAGAAAAUAGCAGUCGAGAACUUACUUUAUUUUUUGUAUUUAUUGUUUUGUUUUUUUUAAACUUUAAUUUAUUUCAGCAUUAUCUUCGACCAGUGCAAACAGAUAUGGCAGAUUUGAUGCUGCAAUCCUGUGUCAAGUUUGGAUUUUCUUCCUCCAGUUCCGGCACAGUUCUAGGAGCCGUGCUGAUGGAGGCUUUCUAUGUUGUAUUUGAUCGCAAUUCAUCUCGCAUUGGGUUUGGUCAGACAACAUGUCCCUUGCCUAACCCCAAAAACCCAGUUCUUGACAUUACCAUUCACGGGCCAUUUUAUUCUAACAGUUGAGUGGUUAACUAUUUUUUAUAUCUAUCAUAUUAAGUCUAAAUUUAACCCUUUUUUUUUAUUUAGCCAUUGCCAUUUUUUUAUAUUUAAGCACAAAACAUUGUUCAUGUUUACUUGUGUAAUGUUAGAUUAGUAUCAGUCAAUGUACCAAGUUUGUUUACCUGUAUAAUGUUACAUUAGUAUGAUUCAAUGUAAUUUUAAUUAUAUAGUAAAAUCAAAGCUUUGCCCUCUGCAUUGUUACACUUGAUCUAAUCUCUGCCUUGUUACACUUGAUCUAAUCUCUGUGUUGUUACACUUGAUCUAAUCUCUGCGUUGUUACAGUUGAUCUAAUCUCUGCGUUGUUACACUUGAUCUAAUCUCUGUGUUGUUAGACUUGAUCUAAUCUCUGUGUUGUUACACUUGAUCUAAUCUCUGUGUUGUUACACUUGAUCUAAUCUCUGCGUUGUUACACUUGAUCUGAUCUCUGCGUUGUUACACUUGAUCUAAUCUCUGCUUUGUUACACUUGAUCUAAUCUCUGCGUUGUUACACUUGAAUUAAUCUCUGUGUUGUUAGACUUGAUCUAAUCUCUGUGUUAUUAGACUUGAUCUAGUCUCUGUUUUGUUACAGUUGAUCUAAUGUCUGUGUUGUUACUCUGGAUCUAAUCUCUGUGUUGUUACAGAUGAUCUAAUCUCUGUGUUGUAACAGUUGAUCUAAUCUCUUUCUCUAUUUAUCCCCAACCAGAGAACUUCUCCGAGUGUGCCUACAAGAAGUCUGACAGUGUUGACAGGUCUUUCCUCAUUAUAUCUUACAUUAUGGCGGGCUUGUCGAUAGUGGUAGCUCUGCCGUUGUUCAUUCUCUGCUUCCUGUGGAUUAGACGAAAGGUCACUGUCCAAGACGAGGGAGACACCUCAGAAACACAGUCAGUGCUGCCCAGCUAGGGUAUAGCAACUUUCUAGCCAGAGUAGAACAAAAUAGAUAGAUAGCUUUGGCUAGAGCUACUAGCUAGCUAGCUAGGGUGUAGCGAAUAGACAGAUAGCUUUGGGUAGAACUACUAGCCAGCUAGCUAGGGUAGACAACUUGCUGGGACUGCUGUGAUUCUUAAAAAAUGUUAAAGUCUGUCCUGAAAAGUUUUUCUUGAUGUCAAAACUUAAAUUAGAUAAAGAAAUCUGUAGCACAGUGUUUCCCAGACAUCUCUAGCACAGUAUUUCCCAGACAUCUCUAGCACAGUGUUUUCCAGACAUCUCUAGCACAGUGUUUUCCAGACAUCUCUAGCACAGUGGUUUCCAGACAUCUCUAGCACAGUGGUUUCCAGACAUCUCUAGCACAGUGUUUUCCAGACAUCUCUAGCACAGUGGUUCCUAGACAUGUCUAGCACAGUGUUUCCCAGAAAUCUCUAGCACAGUGUUUUCCAGACAUCUCUAGCACAGUGUUUCCCAGAAAUCUCUAGCACAGUGUUUUCCAGACAUCUCUAGCCCAGUAUUUUCUAGUCAUCUCUAGCACAGUGUUUCCCAGAAAUCUCUAGCACAGUGUUUUCCAGACAUCUCUAGCACAGUGUUUUCCAGACAUCUCUAGCACAGUGUUUUCCAGACAUCUCUAGCUCAGUGGUUCUUAGACAUCUCUAGCACAGUGUUUCCCAAACAUCUCUAGCACAGUAUUUUCUAGACAUCUCUAGCACAGUGUUUCCCAGAAAUCUCUAGCACAGUGUUUCCCAGACAUCUCUAGCACAGUAUUUUCUAGACAUCUCUAGCACAGUGUUUCCCGGACAUCUCUAGCACAGUGUUUUCCAGACAUCUCUAGCACAGUGGUUCCUAGACAUCUCUAGCACAGCAUUUCCAAGACAUCUCUAGCACAGUGGUUCCCAUUUGGUUUCCCAAGCUGUUUGUUUGAGGUUUGUGUAACUUAAACUUUGAUUAAAAUUGAAACAUCCUUUUUUUUUGUCCUCAAUUGUAGUUGUGAAGCAGAAAGUAGCAGAUCUGAUGAGUUGCAGGAAUUAGGGUUGUAUCUGCAUAUAUGCUGGGAACCACUGAUCUAUCUUCAUUACAUAAUAUCUGAAGUUCUUUCAAGUUGUUUGCCAUGCUUUUAAACAUUUUAUUAUACAUUUUCGUUACUGUAUUGCAAAUUUAUGUAAUGGGCCUAUGCUUUUCUGUGUAAUUGGAACCAAGCCAAUGAGAGUCUUGGGAUUCUAUUUUUAACUUACGAUUACUAUGUUGUUGGUGUAUAUUUUUUUAAAAAAUCUUACAUAUCUAUAUCAUUGUUUUAAGUUUGUUUAGUCAAAUCAGAAUGUUGGGCCGUUUUUCCGUAAUUUUGAAAAGAAACUUAAGGCCUAUUUGCGUAACAUGUAAUUCUAAUGUACCAGCUCUUCAACUGUUAGCUUUAUUUAAUUUGCAAUCAAUGAUCCAUCAUUUUACUGAAUGUUUACAUUGAGGAGCAACGAAUUAGUUGGCAAACAUUUCCUCACCCAUAAUCAUAAUUUUUUUUUUCGGUCCCAAAUCCUUUAUGCUAAAUAAAAUGAGACAGUUAUAAAUAAAUCAACAUAUAAAUGUUGCACUGUACCUUGGUUGUAUGAAUAAAUCCACAUAUAAAUGUUGCACUGUACCUUGGUUGUAUGAAUAAAUCCACAUAUAAAUGUUGCACUG